AUGUCAGGUGCACCAUGUCAUACGGCUGAUCAGAUUGGCGAGGUUUUGUAUUUGUUUAUUUCACUCCUAAAUGACGCUUCGAUCAGUAUUCACUCAUCUGUCACGUUGAGCGAACUCCCCCCUCCCCCCCGCUUACUGUUGUUCUCCCACAUUCCAGAAGGCCUUCAGGUGAGCAAUCAGGUGAAAAGAAGAUUGACAUUUAAUGCCAUCCCAACGGGACCGGAUACGGCCAAGCCCAGUACGGACACACUCCUGACUCCGACCCCGAUCGCCAAAUCUAGCGUCCCUUGGAUCCGGCGAGCCCGCAAAGCAUGCUCUUUUCGUCGCACAGACCCGUGCGAACGUGCCAUCCCACCCACAUAUCAUUCCAACGGUUGCUCCACUGCUCAGACUUCAUCACCAAAUAAACAGAUCAUUUCGGGGUAA